AUGUUCACCAAGGCCGUCACCCUCGCUUUCAUCGCUGUCGCCGCUGCCGUUUCCACAAAUCAGGAGGGCCAGGGUGGCCAUAGGCAGGGCAACACCUGUGGCAACGGCGGUAAAAUCUACUGCUGCAAUUCCAAGGUCGCUAAACUGUUAAACACCGAUGGAAUCAUUACUUCCACUGUCGACCCUCGAUAUCUCCUCGGCAAGUGCAAUGAGAUCACUAUUCCCGCUUUGAGUGGUUCUGUUGUAAUUAAACAACAAUGCUCCCAAGAGGCUGUUUGCUGUAGCAACAUCGAAGACAAUGGUCUCGUCAACUUUGGCUGCAAACAUCUCAAGCUAUAA